UUAAGAAUGACGUCACAUUUCAAAUCUUUAAAGGACCUCUUUAUUGGCUUCAGUAAAUGAGAUUAACUACAGUACUUGCUCUGACCUAUAGAAUGUUAUAAUUUUUCAGCUUGAAGGAAAAUGGUUGCUCAACAUGCUUGGAGCCUCUGUGUUGAAGUAUAAUAUGCUCUGUAAUGCCUGUGAAUAAGAUGGAUUUCAGUGUGUGGUACACAAACCACGGCUGUUUAAACACACAUAUUACAGGAAUGAAGAUACUUUAAUUUAGUAAACAAAAUGUCUGUAAAUAGUAAAACCACGUUUUGUGUACAGAUGAGAUGGAGAUCUGACCUAUCACAUUUUCUUUGCGUCCUCAUUUUUAUCCCUACACUGAUUUCUGUUCUAUGGGUGUUUUAUGUCAUGAAUGAGCCUCCAUUUUCCAAGUCUUGUUCAUUUCUACUUUUCCAUAAGUAAGGGUGGUGCAGAGAGGCAGAAAGGAUAGCGGCCCUGUCUUGACCUUUUAUCACUCUGAAUGCUUUUACGAGGUGCAACUCUGACCAACAUUUGAAGGGAAUGAAAGCCACUUCACUUCAUGGCAGCUUCAGGAAAGUCUACACAACAUGCUUGGAGACGCCAGCCCGUAAGUUGAAAUGCAGAGGGAAAUACAACAAGGAGGAGAUGCCAAGUUUUCCAUGUGGUUAUUGCUUUGUAAAAGCUUUACAACUGGAGGUAUUUCCCUGGUGUUGUGGGACUCUGUCCAAAAAGGUUAGUGAGGUGAAUUUGAAAGUUAAUCUCUUUCUUUACAAUGAUGCAAUGUGCUUUCACUUCUCAUUUUUUCUAUGUGUUUCCCAACCUUUUUUUGUUAAUGAUGAUGAUGGAAUAUGUGUUAAUCAAUGACGGAGAAGGAAUUACUGUGAUGGAAGUGAAACAGCCUGAGUAGAAUGGUAAUUGAGCUUAAGCACUCAGAAGAAUGUUUUAGCUGUCAUAUUCACUGCCAAACAGUCGCAUUCGUCUUGCUGUAUGUCCACUCGUUUGGAAACAAUAUUUAAAACGUUGGUUGGAUGUUUCUGUUUAAUUUAAGUCAGUUCUAAAUGUUUGCUUUGGAGGAGCUAUCUGCAGGGGCCCUGUGGUUGAUGUUUUAGGGGCCACCUUGUGGUAUAAUGGAGUGCUGUUCUCCUACAGCUUAGCAGUCACGAUAGGGAUGAAAUGAACAUGCAACAUUUAAGUGAGAGAGUGUGAGGGCAAGAAAAAAAACAUCACAGUGGAUUAUGACUAUUUCGGAAGUGUUUUCUGUGAUAAUAAAUAGGGACGUCUCUGCACAGCCUAUCGGAUUCCGGGAUGCAAUACGCAUCCAAAUGAAACGAACGCCAGUCCUUUCGCUAAUCCUUGUCUAUCCUUUUUUAUCUCGGGACUCAUAGCAGACAGAUCACUAUGGGACAGCGAAGCGGUGGGACAAAGCCAUGCGGAUGAUAGUUCUGUAAAAGAGAAAAAACUGUCUGUUUGACUUCAGUGGGCGCAAACUGGGCGCAUGUAAGCAAACUGCGUAUGCGUAAAAGUGGGCCAAAAUGUUCUUCGUCCUGCUCCUGGGGCUCUGCGUGGCCACAGGUGAGCUUUUCUCCACAGUCAGCUCCUGCCCUCCGCAGUGCAGCUGUUUUUACCACAACUUGAGUGAUGGAUCAAAAGCCAGGAGCGUGAUAUGCAAUGACCCCGAUACAUCUCUCGUGCCUGUCGGGUUCCCUGUUGACACAUCCAAGUUACGGAUUGAGAAAACCUCCAUCAAGCUAAUACCAAGUGACGCCUUCAACUACCUCUCCAGUCUGGAGUUCCUGUGGAUGUCUUUCAACACGCUGUCCGAUUUGAGCGCAGAUAGUUUUCGGGGACUGUUCAACCUAGAAGAGCUUCGUCUGGACGGGAAUUCCCUAACAGCCUUUCCUUGGGAAUCUCUCAUGGAUAUGUCCAGUCUCAGACUACUGGAUUUGCACAACAACCAGCUCACCUCGCUGCCCGCUGAAGCCACCACUUAUAUUAAAAACCUCACCUACCUGGACCUGUCCAGCAACAACUUGAUGACCUUGCCUGCAGAGGUGCUGUCCACUUGGCUGGCUGCAAAACCCACACAAGGUCCAGAGAGCUCCAAGAUGAUCCUUGGUCUCCAUGACAACCCCUGGGUUUGUGACUGCAGACUCUAUGACCUGGUCCAGUUUCAGAAGUCUCCUACAUUUUCGGUGGCAUUUAUCGACACAAGACUCCGUUGUUCAGCGCCGGAGAGUCUGUCGGGUGUGCUGUUCAGUGAUGCAGAGCUGCGACAGUGUCAGCUCCCACGGAUCCACACUGCUGUGGCCCGAGUCCGGAGUGCAGCUGGAAACAACGUGCUCCUUCGCUGUGGCACCAUCGGAGUCCCCAUACCAGAUCUGACCUGGCGCAAGGCAGAUGGACGAGCCCUCAACGGGACAGUGCAGCAAGAAACAUCCAAGGAGGGGAUUACCUGGUCCAUCCUCAGUGUACCAGCUGUGUCCUUUCAGGAUUCAGGGAAAUACAUCUGUAAGGCCACUAACUACGCAGGGAAUGCCGAGGCUGUCAUUUCUCUUAUUGUGUCUAACGCACCAAAAGCAGAGGCAAACCAAACCGUCAGUGAUAAGAAGGCCAAAAUCAAGCAACCAAACCAGCUGGGCAAAGCCGCCUAUCAGGAGAGGCUGGUGGCCAGAUAUGUAGCUUCAACCUCCACUCCGCCAUCCUUGCUCACUGUAGGUCCUGGCCUCAUGCCUAAUCCUGACUCCGGACUGGCCAGUUCCAGUAGUACUGACAGAGCCAGCCAAGGACCUCCUACGUCCCCCAACCCAGACGCACUCCUGGAUCUGGAGAAGACCAACUUAAGCAACCUGGCAGCAAAUACCUCAUCACUGCAGCAGGACCCAGACAGGGUUGUCCGUUCGGUGAAGGUGGUGGGGGACACAGACAAUACAAUCUCUCUGAACUGGAGAGCCCCUAAAGCCAAAAACACAACAGCAUUCAGUGUGCUCUAUGCAGUGUUUGGAGAGAGAGACAUGAGAAAGAUCAAUGUCGGAGCGGGCCAGAACCGUGUAACCAUAGACGGGUUGGUGCCCAAAACUAAAUACAUUGCCUGUGUUUGUGUGAGGGGGCUGAUCCCCAGGAAGGAGCAGUGUGUCAUAUUUUCCACCGAUGAAGCAGCUAGUGCCACAGUCCCACUGACUGUCAUUGUAUGCUGUGGGGCACUGAAAAGACGCAUCCAAAAGUACUGGGGAAAAAAAUCAAAGGACAUCCAAGAUUCUUACGUGACCUUUGAAACAUUGUCGCCUGCCACAAAGGCUAAAGGGCUUGAGGGCGAGUAUUUAAACAGGAUGAAUCCAGAGGAGUCCAACAGGCUGCUCUCCGGCUCCUGCUCCACAUCGUUGCCCUCGCACUCACCAGCAAUCGCGCAACGAUCGCUCAUAUGUAUGGAGGAGAACACCUUUGGAGCCAUACCAGAGAACCUUCCACAUGAUCUGAACAAAAUACGAAUAGAGAAAUCUCACUUCACUGAAAUUCCCAGGAGGGCUUUCUCAAAUACGCCCGCCUUAGAGAACUUGUGGUUGAACUUCAACGAUAUCACAGUGAUAAACUCAAAGGGUCUGGAGGGUGUGGGGAACCUAACCGAGCUCCGUUUGCAGGGCAACAAGCUGCGUUCAGUACCAUGGACAGCGUUCGAGGACACACCUGCCCUCAAAAUCCUGGACCUAAAGCACAACCAGCUGGAUGUCCUACCGGAGCAUGCCUUAAGAUUUCUGGCUGGUCUGACAUACUUAGACUUAUCCUUCAACCGACUUACGGUCAUUUCGAAAGAGGUGUUCCAAAACUGGCCCCUCUACCAAAAACUACAGAGCAUGGAGGAGCGGGAGGCACCUGUAUCCGGGCCGAACGUCGUUCUAGCGCUGCACGACAACGCGUGGCUCUGCGACUGCCGUCUGAAGGGUUUUGUGGAGUUCAUGAUGUCAUUAAGCCCCCCGAUCAUACUGAUGAACUCCUACUUGACCUGCUCAGGGCCGGACUUUAGGGCAGGCAAGUUCUUCCACGAGAUAGAGCUACAGGCAUGCAUGAAGCCCGUCGUGAACACCCCGAGAACCAACGUGAGCUUGCCGCUGGGCACGAACCUCACUCUGCGCUGUGUCGCCAAGGCAAGGCCAGACCCUACCGUGUGGUGGACAUAUGGUCUGAAGAUAAUCAGAGGAUAUCAUGAAUCCCAGGAAAGAGUGGAAGAGGAUACCAUCAGAUCCCACCUGGUGAUCCCCUCCCUCCAUCUAGCUGAUCGAGGUGUCUACACCUGCACGGCUGUCAACUUCAUUGGAAAUUCCUCAGUCAAUGUCUUCCUUGAUGUCUACUCCACUGAUAGCUCCCUGUCAGCAAAUAUUCCCGGGUUUCCAGCUGCAUCGGGGGCUGGUGAUGAAAAUGUCUUCAUUGACAUUCGCAUUGCCAAACAGACUGUACGUGGUAUCUCCAUUGAGUGGUUUGCUGCCCUGGACCACCCAUCUGAAACAUGGUUCACCAUCCACCUUGGUCGUGCAGAGUCUGAUAAAAAAGAAACAACUUUUAUUGGCCCUGGGAUUAACUCUUACUCCAUCUCUGAUCUGAUGCCUGCAACCAAGUACGAAAUCUGUGUAACCCUUAAGAACCAGGCACCACAUCCAGGCCAGUGCAUCAUGUUUGUGACAGGAAGUGACAUUACUGAGAAGGAGCAGAGGGAGAAACUCAUUUAUAUAGUGGUGAUAGUUUUAGCAAUGGUGCUGGCGGUGCCUAUAGGUAUGUAUGCCUGCACCACAGACACAAAGUUUGCCUGUAUAGAAGUUGUCAUGGAGUCCUGGAAGAACCGGCAGAGGGAUACCAGUACACCUGGGAGGGAGCAUGAGAGGCAGGGCACCUUCGACAGUCUGCAGGCCGCCAGUGAUGAGGGGCUGGUUAAUAAAGACUCCAGUGAAGACAGGAAGGUGAGAAGGAGGUCCGAUGACAGACCAAACAAAAGCAAAGCUGAUCACAGCAGAGUCACAGCGGAGCUAUAUUAA